AUGCUAGAAGAUACCGAUAGUGAUAACGCACCUUCCUCAUCCAACGACGCACUCUCACCUGCACCUCAACUAGAUCCCCAAGCUACUGUUUUUAUUACUGAGCGCCAACGACACGUCCUCCCCCGACCUCCUAUUAGCCCAAUCACCCCCCCUGCGACACGACCUCUCACAAUCAAUAAGCAAUUCCCGGACAGUUCAGUACUCGAACCAGUUCCUAUUCGCGGCUCUUCCGUCGCUAUGUCUACACCUACCCCCGUCUUUACGGCGGCCCAGCAGGAAGUCAUGACCAACGCUAUCAUAACUGCAGUUGCACAGGCCUUGCGAAAGGAACGCGCUUUCAAGCAAGCCCCUUCAGUCACCCAACCUGCGGUCCAGCAUGCUACUAAACCUGCCGCCUUAACAGCAGACUUGCAACCAGUCCCCGAGUACUACCUCCUUAUCCUAGAUCCUUCUAUACUCCCAGUCGAGAGCAAUAAGCACAUGUCCCCCGACUUUGCCGAUACUUGCAAAGGUUCCGCGGAUGUUUUGCGAAUCCUAGACCAUCGUUUCUUUGACCACAACCGUGUUCAAUCAGCUCGCAAGAACUAUUACCAGCUUACAAUGAUCGAGAAGUACAAGAUGCAUGGAAACUACGAGCAAUUAGAUGAGUACCUUGCUAUUAUAAACCGCGAGUCUCGCAACAUUAAGUCAGAAGAAGCUGCUAUUGCACGCCGCUAUGCAUCUUACGCUUCUUCUUCUGCCAACGUCUCGUUCACUGCAAGUGCAGGAACUUCGGGCACGCGAAGUAUCCUGAAAAAAGAGAGUUGGCGCCCCACCCCUCUCUCCCCAGCUCCCCGUGCUACAUCUCCUGCUCCUUCCCCUCUUGGGUCUCGUUCUGCCAGUCCUUCUAAUGUUACUUGCUAUAGUUGCAAGAAGCCUGGCCAUAUUCAACGUGAAUGCCCUGACCUCAAGCUCGAUAAGAAGAUCGCAAAGAUGGUUAUUGAACUAGCACGCAAUGGAUUUUAUAUCAAGACUACUGCACAUAUUGACGGCGGAGCAAACAUUUUUAGCGCGAUUAAGACCUCUCUAGCUUCUCAACUCUCUCUUCGAUUCGGUAAUAAGUUUAUUACUUUACCUCACCCAAUCGUCCCUACUAAGUACAAUAGCACUCUAGGUGAUCCAAUUACUCACGCUAUACUUCUCACCCUUACUAUAGACCGGCGUCGCAUUAAUUUCCCUUUCUUAGUCACGAACUUAGGUUCUACCGACGUUUUGAUUAGCCGCAAAUUCUUAGCUCACUACGAUAUCGGUCAGCGAUUUGGCGCCAAACCUCAGCUCUAUUGGCCCGCGGACAUGCCUGUCAUACCUUACUUUAGCACCCGAAUUUUCUUAGACCUUUCUCAUCCAGCUUCUCGGCUGAAUCAUCAAGCUGACGCUGCUCGCCGAGACCAGCUCUUAGAUGACCAAGAUGCUGCCCCUCAAAUCAGCAUUCUCAAGCCCGCUGCAUCGUCUUCGGCAUCAAUACCUCACGACCGCCGCAGCUCGAGCUUCGUGAGAGACCUCCAGAAGCGUCUAUCUACAAUAGAAAAGCACUUGCGUUGUUUGACUAAAGAAGUUGAUCAUAGUCUCCCUCAAAGCAAAGAUGAACCAUGUUCCAACCUUUAUCAGCAGCAACAUACGGUGAACAUCUCCUUUAUUGGUGCAUCACCGAUGCGAGCCACCUUAAACCGCUUCCGAAAGAAUUACAAAGCUGCUACGCAAGCUAGCGGACAUCCCCCUGACGAAUUCGUUUUCUCAGCAUCGAUGAACGACUUCCAGCGAGAACAAGAUCGCCGUCGUAUCGAUGCCGAAGAUAAGCAAACCAUUCAAAUUGCUUCAAUAAAUAAUGCGGACUCGGCACACGCGCUAAGAGAGAAGUAUGCUGCCAAUAACGCAAAAGUGAACCAAGAAUUGCCUCUUGAAUACACUGAAUUCAAAGAUCUUUUCUCGAAGAAAGCUUCGGAUAUGCUUACAGUUCGACGGCCUAAAGUCGACCAUAAAAUUGUAUUGGCUACUGAAAACACUCUUAUUACAAAGCCUUUGCGCCGCCUUACCGACGACCAGCUUUCUAAAGUCAAGCAAUACAUCCAAGACCACCUUCACAAAAGAUUCAUCGAGCCGUCUAAUGCACCUUACUCAGCUCCCAUCUUGUUUACUAAAAAGAAGGAUGGAUCUAUAAAGCUGUGUGUCGAUUACCGACGUUUGAAUUCCAUCACUCAAAAGGACCCUUAUCCCCUUCCCCUUAUUGAUGAGAUGAUGGCCCGAAUCUCUCAAGCUAAGAUAUUCACUAAGAUCGAUAUUCAACAAGCUUUUCAUCGCAUACGAAUCUCUUUAGAGUCCGAGGAUUUAACCACUUUCCGGUCCCGUUACGGUACUUACAAAUACAAAGUACUGCCUUUCGGCCUUACUAAUAGGCCUGCUACAUUCCAGCGUUUCAUUAAUGAAAUAUUAAUAGAACACUUAGAUGACUUCUGCUCCGCUUACUUAAAUGACAUCCUUAUUUACUCAACAAACGAGCUAGAGCACACGGAGCAUGUCAAGAAGAUCAUGCGCAUUCUUAACGACCAUGGCCUUCAAGCUGACAUCAAGAAAUGCGAGUUCAGCGUUUACAAGACCAAAUUCCUUAAGUUUAUUAUUAAUACUAAUGAUAUUGAAGUUGAUCCGGACAAAAUUGCAGAUAAGCUUAAACUAGCCUUGCAACAUGCCCCUAUUCUAUGCCAUUUUGACCCUUACAAGCAAACUCGCCUCGAGACUGAUUCUUCCGAUAGCGUCGUAACAAGCGUUCUCUCUCAACUGCAAGACGAUGGUUUCUACCACCCCGUCGAGUUCUUCUCCAAAACAAUGACUGAUGCAAAGCUUAAUUACCCUAUCCACGACAAAGAGCUUCUAGCUAUUUUCCGUUCCUUCCAAAACUACAAGCUUGAACUCCUUGGCUCCCAGAAGUCAAUCCACGUUUAUACAGACCACCGUACUCUCGAAUACUUCAUGACUACGAAGGAUCUUACGGCACGCCAAGCACGCUGGGCUGAAUUUUUCGCUAACUUUCAUUUCCUUAUUAUGUAUCGCAGCGGCGCUACGAAUACGCUGGCUGAUGCUCUCUCUCGCCGGGAUCAAGAUAUCUCCCCCUUAAAAGCUCGACAGCGUGCUGUCAAGAAGCAACAGUUACUCCCUAACAAAAAGCUCUCGCCUAAAGUGCUUCAAGACCUGCACGAACUCUCUUCCGACCCCCCUGCUGAGCUUGCUAAGUACAGCGUGAUUAAUGAUUCGGUCCACGUCGUACAAUCCAUUCCAGUCGUUUUGGCCCCUAUACAAGGAGUCCCUUCGGACCUGCCUAUUUCGGAAGACGUCCUUUUAGACGAGGACCCCGCACAUCACACCAAUAUGAUAGCAUACGAUAUCGACGGCUACGAUAUUAUCGACCGUGUGCUUCAAAGCAACCGUGAUUCCCUUCUUUUACAAGACCUACGGGACUCUGUCACCGAAAGCCAUGAUAUUGAUCACGAUCUACGCAAUAGCAAGCUUUACUUCCAAGGCCGUCUGGUAGUCCCUUUGGAGCCUCCUGAGCUCCGCACAGCUCUUAUCCGCCACGGACUUGGCUCCGACGUCACACGCUAUAUCUCCAAUUGUAAAUGCGCUAGGAUGAAGGCCAAGCGUGACAAGACUCCAGGUCUCUUAGUGCCCCUUCCUAUUCCAGCCCGCCCUAAUCAGCACCUAACGGUCGACUUUACGGAAUUGCCAUUAGACGAAGAUAGUUACGACUUUGCUCUCGUGAUCGUGUGCCGAUUAUCAAAACGUUCCGUCACACUUCCUUGCCAUAAAGAAGUCACUGCGAAGGACCUAGCUGUUCUGUUUCUCACGAACUGGGUCCGUUACUUCGGCAUGCCCGAUUCUAUUGUCUCCGAUCGUAGCCCCCAGUUCGUAUCCGCUUUUUGGCGCGAGUUUUGCAAAAUAUUCGGCACCAAGGUCAAGCUUACUACAGCUUACAACCCUAAUGUGGAUAAGCAGACUGAGGUAAUGAACCACCACCUGGUGCCUCUCAUAGAUGUAGCUCAGCUGACCUUGCCACAUGAAUCUCUUAAGGGAAUUACUCCAUUCCAAGUAGCCAAUAGCUACGAAUCCCGCUCUUCUUUCGACUUGGUUAACCCUGAACCUCCUUCCUCUGCUACAGAACGCCUUAACCGCGCGGAAGCAGUGCACGUCGCCACUAGAGCGCAUGACGCUAUCGCCUUUGCUCAAUCGUCAAUUGCAGUUCAGCAAGAGAAAAUGAAACGCCUUGCAGACCUCCGACGACGACCCGUAGAUUGGACCGUAGAAGACGAAGUGUGGAUUGAUACUCGCAAUUGA